AUGCUGCGCCCACUGACCGUCGCCGCCGUCGUCGCAACUGCCGUCGCGCAGCUCCAAGAAAAGAAGUUUUGCUCGGUGACCGGGCUCAUUGUCUCCGAGUACUACGGCCGCAUUUACACGGACGUUGUCCGCUCCAACAGCAACGAAGUCUUUGUCUACAACGCCACGGCCAAGACGUUGAUGGCCAAGAGCAACGGCCAGUGCCUCGAGGUGUACGCCUACCCGCCGCACCCGUACUUGGGCUACGGCUCGUUGAGCACGUUGCCGUGCGAUGCGUCCAAGGCGCUGCAGCAGUGGUCGCUCGAGAACGACCGCGUCUACAUCGCCAAAUCCAAGUAUCUGCCCGCGUACUGCAUGGAAUCGCACAACGCCUUCCGGCCUGGGUCCACCGCCGGCGUCGGGCCCUGCGACUUUAGUGAGGUGGCCGCCGACACCGUGGUCGACUGCGCGACCGUCAAGGACAAGUACAUCACCAUCAAGACGCUCAAAACCGGCAACCGCCUCAGCGAGUACUACACGGGCCUGUACGCCAACGCGCCCGCCAACAACGCCAACGAGCUCUUUGUCUGGGACAAGCCCAACAAGAUGUUCAAGGUCGCCAGCAACAACCAGUGCUUGGACGCGUACAAGGACGCCAACGGCAAGUUCCAGGUGCACACGUGGGCCUGCGACGUCAAGAACGGCAACCAGAAGUGGAACUUCAACCCGACCACCAAGACACUCGAGCACGCGACCCACACUGGUCAGUGCCUCGACGCCGACCCGACGUACACCGAUCGCCACGCGCAGAUGUGGGCAUGCACCCCCAACAACGCCAACCAGCAGUGGUCCAUCGACACCUUCUAUGGCUGA